AUGCUUGAUUUGCAGGCAGCAUUUGUUAAAUUUUGCGUCAGAUUGCCCAAGGUGAAGUUAAUACAUCCAUUUCAGCUGAGCAGAAACUUAACUCAGACAGACAACUGCGAUAAAGACGUUAAUAGCAGGGUGCGUUCGCUGAAAAUGUUCCAUCUGGAAAUUAGCGCCCAGUCACCUGAUAAUAAUGAACCAAGGUCAGAUCUUGUGGAAGAAAAACAAACGGCGAAAAACACAGAAAAUGACAGUGAAGAUUUGCAGUUCAACUUCAAUGUUCCUAGACCGCUUGGUCAUAACAGGUCUGUGCCGUCUUUUCUGGACGAAAGGUUGCAGUAUCUACAAGUGGACGAAGGCAGACGGUCGCGAUCUCAUUCGGAGCCCCUCACACGAGAGGCGGUCAAGAUAGCCCAAGAGUUACGUAAGGUUAGCGAUUUGUUCAACACGAACUACCAAGCACUAACGCCUGUAAGGAAAGAAUUUGAAAGUAGAAGACGCGACAAGUCAAGGCGUAUAACUCUUGGAGGUUCGCAAGGUGAUUCAUUAAGACAUGAGGUAAAUCAAGCCCUGCGAGCUUCGGGCUACAGUGUGAAUCCGACACCUCCCGAGGGAACUCCCGUUUAA